CGGUACAGGCGAGGAAGCCGUGAUCUCGUGCGAUGAAUCCCUCGACUACAGUGGCCCAUAGCUCCUCCUCUUCGUCUUCCUCCUCCUGGUUUUCGGGCAUAGUUCGUGGCCGGUCCACGAAAAUCCCCGCCGCCGGUACUGGCGGAGCCGCUGUCUCUCUUCCCGGUGAUUCCUCCAGCUCCGGCCAUCGCAAAAACCAGCUCCCAGGCGUUCUGUUCAAGUACGGCCCCAAGUCUGUCCAGGUGGCUUUCAGAACAGGCGAUUUCAAUCAGCAGGUCAUUUUUCUUGGUGGAUUAACUGAUGGGCUUUUGGCAACAGAGUAUCUAGAGCCCUUGUCGGUUGCAUUGGAGAAUCUAAACUGGUCCUUAGUUCAGCCAUUGCUGUCAUCUUCAUAUGUUGGAUAUGGAACUUCUUCCUUGGAACAGGACGCCGUGGAGCUAAACCAGCUUAUUGGCUAUUUCAUAAACAAGGAAAAUUCUGAAGGUGUCGUGUUGCUUGGGCACAGUACUGGUUGCCAGGACAUUGUACAUUAUAUGAGAACAAAUUUUGCUUUCUCCAGAGCAGUUCGUGGAGUCAUUUUGCAGGCUCCAGUAAGUGAUCGGGAAUAUCGUGCAACGCUACCUGAAACUGCUGAAAUGAUAGACUUAGCUCUAAGCAUGAUGAAUGAAGGCCGGUCAAUGGAUUUAAUGCCUCGAGAAGCAAAUCCAGAUGCACCAAUUACAGCCUACAGGUACCACUCUCUUUGUGCAUAUAUGGGCGAUGACGACAUGUUCAGCUCAGAUCUUAGCGAAGAUCAACUUAGGACAAAACUUGGUCAUAUGUCGAAUACACCAUGCCAGGUGAUCUUUUCUAUGGCCGAUGAGUAUGUUCCAGAAUAUGUCGAUAAGAAAGCACUAGUGCAAAGACUUUGCAGAGCCAUGGGAGGUGCAGAGAAGGUUGAGAUAGAACAUGGAAACCAUUCACUCUCCAACAGGGUUCAAGAAGCAGUGCAGGCUAUCCUGGAUUUUGUCAAGAGGGAGGGACCCAAAGGUUGGGAUGAUCCUUGGCAUUAAAUUCUAUAUUUGCAUUUCUCAAUUAAGUUUAUCUUUAAUUUAUCUUCACUUUUUUUCAAAUAAUUUUUCAAUGCUUCAUUUUGUUUGUUUCCAUUCUUUUACUUGUUACAGUGUAGAUUUUGUAAAUGUCUGCUUUCUAUUGAAUUUAAAUUUUUGUGA